GAUUAUCACCCCGCCCGUCACAUUUGCGCUGAAAGAUCCUUGCGGCAACGUUUGCUUAAAGUAUAGCAGGCUAUUUGCAUACCGGAGCGAAUUGGACGACAACUACAUCACAAGAGACUUGGUUCCUUAUUCUCCCAGUCGUCGUCUUCGUCCUUGUCGUAGUUGUGCUUCAGGCGAUUUCUGCGUCUGGGCUUGUUUGUUCGUAGUUUACACUCACAAUUUCAUUGUGAGUAUAGGUUGAGUGAGAGAGAGAGAGAGCAAUCGAUUGAGGUCUGUUGGCAGUUUGUAGCGUACAGGAUUGGUCGUCCCCUCUGUUGUUGCAGCGGGUUUGGAAGCUUUCGUUGGUUUAGCGUCGCGUUUUUAUUUAUUUUUGUUUCUAAAUGCCUGCUUCUGUAGAAGCAAUUCUGGAGAUGAGCACUAUUUCAGAGGAGUACUCUUAGGGAACUAGGUUAUUGAGUUUGAGUAUUCACUAUUUGCCGAGCGAUUGGAUUUUAAUCAAUAUUCUCCGCUGCUCACCCCCCUUUGCAAGCAGAGUACCUGGAGUGGGAGGGCAUCGGGGUUGAGUAUCUUUUGUGUUUUUUCUGCAAUUGCAGGAUUUGUACUAGCUUUGUCGGUGUCAGGAUGGCUUGUUCUUUAGUCUUCGAUUCUUAAAGUUUCUUGAUUUGUCGUACGGUUUAUUAUUUCUAUCCCAGCCAUUGCUUCCGGAAGAAUAUCCCUCUCCUGCAGCGCAAUUUCGAGACUCGUGUGCGUGGAAAAAAUCACUUCAUUCGAAGCAGGGUUUCGGUUAAAAAUGUCUAGGGGACGAGCAGGAUGAUUUCGGUUGCACGGCUGCGCAUUCCGAUUAUGUGUGGUUGCACCCUCCGACGCUCCUUUUCUCAUCUUUCCCUCCACUUCACGGUGUUUUCUUCAACACGAACAUAGCACAUUAGUCAUCCCUCAACUGCGAACUCGGAGUUCUAAAUCCUGUCGACGAGAUGCUUCUCCUAGAUAUGGCGCAGUGCAAGUCAUUCAAAGAGUCUCUCAAGGUCUUGGAGGCGGACAUUCAGCAUGCAAACACUUUCAAUUGGAAACAGGAGUGGGUGUCCUUGUGACGAUGUCUUUUGCACAGAUAGUCUCUGCGGUGUCUCACGACACUAGAGAUGUGCACUCCUCCCGCGGAUGAAAGAGCAUCAGACGUCCCAAGAGAUUAUGAUGGGGCGUGCAUUCAAAUGCGGUUAUCUUACAGCCCAGUUGCGCAUUUGUUCUUAUUCCUGGUACAAUGGACCGAUUGCAGUCUGGCCGGUGCACUGGGACUUCUCCGGAUACUUAUUUACAAGGUGUACUUGGAUGGAACCACGACAAUGUCUACGCAGGAAAGGAAGGCCAGCCUCAGCGAAUUCUAUGGCCACAUAUAUCCUUCUUUACAACAACUCCAAGCUGGGAUGACUGGGGUGGAAGAUCUCAAGCAGAAAGCCAAAGUUCAAGAGCGAUACAGAAAACGUGACGAAGAAUGCAGUCACAUGUCGGAAUUCGAUUUUGAGCGUGAAAUGGAGUGCGGCAUCUGCAUGGAGAGGAAUCCUAAGAUUGCGCUUCCGGAUUGCAAUCACGUAAUGUGCAUUACGUGCUACCGUGAUUGGCAUGGGCGAUCACAAUCAUGCCCGUAUUGUCGAGACAGUCUACGGCGUGUUAACUCAUGUGACCUGUGGAUAUUCACCGACUCGGCAGACAUUGAAGACGUAGAUAAAAUCACUCGUGACAACCUACAGCGCUUGUUCUUGUAUAUAGAUAAGCUCCCGCUCUUAAUCUCAGAGAGUGUAUUCGCUCUUUACGACGCUUACGAGGCGCAUCUCAAGUGAACACCAACUUGCUGCCAGCAACAUAACCAGUACUGAACUCUCCAUGGCCGGGUCAUCACGAUUCAAGCAACGUUACCGACCUCGUUCGCCAUCUGUGUCAUUCUUUUGCCUUCGUAAGCCACUCUACUAUAAUGUGCAAAUCAACCCAAGUAGACGUCAGGUUUAGGCUGUAGAGUGCACAAGCGCCUAGGAAUCCAAUGUGUUCCGUCUUCACCGACAGGCUCUUAGCAUCCCAGAGAGGUGUGCUAGAAUAACUGCAGAAAGAUUCCAUUAUGUAAGUUUUUUAGAUUCUCUUUGGCAUCAACUGUGAUAUUCUAGCGUCUUAUUCCACCCCCAAGUCCUGUCCAAGCACAGCGUGUGUGACGUUCUCAUUGUUAACAGUGCAAGCAAGCAUUCAUGCUUGCAUAACCUCCUGUUAUGAAAUCUAAUGAGGUGCCAACCCUGGCUUUGAAAAGGGAAAAAGGCGGUGCUCUUCUGUGGUC